UUUUCAGUUGCCCGCUGCUGGGUUGCACAGCCGCUCAGGGGAACAGACCCAGACAGGACCAUGGCCUCCACGAGGACCCUGAAGGACCCCAGCAUUGGUCAGCACUUCUGGACGAUGCUCAUCUGCACGGUGCUCUUGCAGAUGCUCCUGCAAGCCCUGUCUGUGGCCGUGACUUACGUAUACUUCACCAAUGAGAUGAAGCAGCUGCAGGCCAAGUGCUCCAGGAGUGGACUGUUCUGCAUGUUAAGGGACGACGAGGAUCCUUGGGACUCCACUGAUGAAGAGACCAGGCACUGCUCGCAGGCUAAGAGGCAACUGUACCAGAUCAUUGAAGAGGUGUCUUUGAGAACCUUUGAGGAAACUGUUUCAACAACUCAAGAAAAGCAGCUAAGUAUUAACUAUCCAUCUGGAAGUGGAAAACCUCAGAGAGUGGCAGCUCACAUUACUGGGAUCAGUCGGAGAAGCUACUCAGCCUUAAUGCCAAUGUCCAAGGAUGGAAAGACCUUGGGUCAGAAGAUAGAAUCCUGGGAGUCAUCGAGGAAAGGGCAUUCGUUCCUCAACUAUGUGCACUUGAGAAAAGGAGAGCUGGUCAUCCAGAAACAGGGCCUUUAUUUCGUCUAUGCCCAGACGUACUUCCGGUUCCAAGAGAAUGAAAUUGACUCCAAGACGGUCUCAAGGCAGACAAGGAAAAGCAAACAAAUGGUACAGUACAUCUACAAAUACACCAGCUACCCAGACCCCAUUCUGCUGAUGAAGAGUGCCAGAAACAGCUGCUGGUCCAGGGAUGCAGAGUAUGGGCUGUACUCCAUUUAUCAAGGGGGGCUGUUUGAGCUUAAAGAAAAUGACAGGAUUUUUGUCUCCGUGACAAAUGAGCAUUUGAUGGACCUGGACCAAGAAGCCAGUUUCUUUGGAGUCUUUUUAAUUAACUAAAUGAUCUGCGAUGAUCAGACAGAAUUCUAUGCCCAGUCACCUAGGGUGAUGUCCAGGGCUCAGGUUGUCCUGAGAACAACCUCAUGUUUCAUGUGGAAGUCAAUGCUCCAUGUUUCUGCUGACUGUAAGGGGCAAGGAAACUUCUUUUACGUGGUAUUGAUGACUGCAGACACACAGCUGAGAGUCACAGAGGGCUUCUCUGACAACCCUUAAAAACUAAUAACAGCCUAGACGGGAAGGCACUGAAGUUCUCUUAAAAAUUGUGGUAAGGUAUUUGUGGCUAUUGUGAAAGGUGAUGUUUCUCUGAUUUUCUUCUCAGCUUCUUUAUCCUUUGUGUAUAGAAGAACUACUGAUUUUUUUGAGUUGAUCUUGUAUCCUGCCACUUCACUGAA